AUGACUAGCAGCACUGCUGUGAAUGCCGGAUACUGGUACUGCAAGGGUGACUUGCAGCCGGAGAACAUAGAUUCCAGCAUUUUCACCCAUCUUUUUGCUGCCUUUGCCGAUGUCGACCCUGGCACCUUCAACCCCAGGUUUCCUCCCGGGUAUGAGACUCAGUUUCAAUCCUUCGCAAAAACUGUGAAGAGCAUCAACUCUGAUGUUAAAGCCAUUUUAUCCAUCGGUGGAGACACUGCUCCUUCCAUUUUUGCCACAAUCGCUAGCGAUUCUAAUUACCGUAAAACAUUCAUAGAUUCCUCCAUUGAUGUAGCCAGGGAUUUCAAUUACGAUGGCCUUAGCCUCAACUGGCAGUAUCCUGAUCAAACGACCAACCUUGCCACACUCCUCACAGAGUGGCGAGCUGCCGUGGACAAAGAGGCUCAGCUCAGAUGA